AAGAGGAGGCGGAGGAGGAAGAGUGUCAGGUGCACUCGGCGAUGGCGUCGGCGGCGCUGCGGCGGCCCGACUUGGCGACGCUCGUGCGUGCUGCGUGACGAGGAUUCCAGGCCGCGACGCUCGCGACUUCCGGUGCUCAGGUCGACGGCGGCGAGGAUGCGGCGCUGAGCAUGCUGCGAGUCCUGAUCAUCGCCAUGGCGACGGUGGCCGGCGGCCAGGCGUGCGGCGCCCGGGACAACUGCUCGGCCGACGGCGGCUCCAAGGAGUACUGCUACUCUGCCCGCAUCCGUAGCACGGUGCUGCAGGGUCUGCCCUUCGGCGGCGUGCCCACCGUGCUGGCGCUGGACUUUAUGUGCUUCCUGGUCUUGCUCUUCGUCUUUUCCAUUUUACGAAAAGUGGCGUGGGACUACGGACGCCUGGCGCUCGUCACCGACGCCGACAGCGUGGCGUCGGCGAUGCACUCGGACACGCCCGACCGCUACGAACGCCUUACGUCCGUUUCCAGCUCUGUGGACCUUGAACAGCGUGACAACGGCUUCUGCUCCUGGCUGACAGCCAUCUUUCGAAUCAAGGAUGAGGAGAUCCGCGAGAAAUGCGGCGAGGACGCUGUGCACUACCUGUCCUUCCAGCGGCACAUCAUCGGCCUCCUGGUGGUGGUCGGCGUCCUCUCUGUCGGCAUCGUGCUGCCCGUCAAUUUCUCGGGAGACCUGCUGGAAAACAACGCCUACAGCUUCGGCCGCACGACCAUAGCCAACCUGAAGUCCGGGACCAACCUGUUGUGGCUGCACACGUCAUUUGCCUUCAUGUACCUGUUGCUCACCGUCUACAGCAUGAGACGGCACACGUCCAAGAUGCACUACAAAGAGGACGACCUGGUGAAACGCACUUUAUUCAUCAACGGCAUCUCCAAGUACGCCGAAGAGAGCCAGAUCAAGCAGCACUUUGAGCAGGCGUACGAGAACUGCACGGUCCUGGAAGCUCGGAUUUGCUACAACGUGGCCAAGCUGAUGUCUCUGAAUGCGGAGAGGAAGAAGACGGAGCGCAGUAAAAAGUUCUUCACCGACCUCAUGGCCAAGGAGCACGUUCCCACCAUGAUCAACCCCAAACCCUGCGGACAUCUUUGCUGCUGCGCCAUCGCCGGCUGCGAAGAGGAGGAGGCAGUCAGCUUCUACACCAAGAGGGAGGCCAAGCUGAAGGAGGAGUACCGUAAAGAGAAGGAAAAGGUCCACACCAAACCUCUGGGCAUGGCCUUUGUCACCUUCCAGAACGAGGCCAUGACCGCCAUAAUCCUGAAGGAUUUUAACGCAUGUCAGGUCCAAGGGUGCCGCUGUCGCCAGGAGCCGCGAUCCUCGCAGUUCAGCGAAGCUCUUCACGUGCACAACUGGAGCGUCACCUAUGCACCCGAUCCCCAGAAUGUGCGCUGGGAGCACCUGUCGCUGGGCGGGGUCUCCUGGUGGAUCCGCUGCCUCAUCAUCAACUGCAUCCUGUUCCUGCUGCUCUUCUUCCUCACUACGCCUGCCAUCAUCAUCUCCACCAUGGACAAGUUCAAUGUCACCAAGCCGGUGGAGUACCUGAAUAACCCUAUUGUGACCCAGUUCUUCCCCACACUCCUCUUGUGGGCCUUUUCUGCCCUGCUGCCAACCAUCGUCUACUACUCAGCAUUCUUCGAGGCACACUGGACCAGGUCUGGAGAAAAUCGAACUACGAUGCACAAGUGCUACACAUUCUUGAUCUUUAUGGUUCUUCUCCUGCCCUCUCUUGGCCUGAGCAGCCUGGAUGUUUUCUUCCGUUGGCUCUUUGACAAAAAGUUCUUGGCUGACGGCACCGUUCGUUUUGAGUGCGUGUUCCUGCCCGACAAUGGCGCGUUCUUCGUCAACUACGUGAUCGCGUCAGCUUUCAUUGGGAACGCCAUGGACCUGCUUCGAAUCCCUGGACUCCUCAUGUACAUGAUACGACUCUGCCUUGCACCAUCAGCAGCAGACAGACGCAACGUCAAGAGGCAUCAAGCAUACGAGUUCCAGUUCGGGGCGGCUUACGCAUGGAUCAUGAAUGUCUUCACCGUGGUCAUGGCCUACAGCAUCACCUGCCCCAUAAUUGUGCCCUUUGGUCUUAUGUACAUGUUACUGAAGCAUCUGGUGGACCGCUACAACAUGUACUAUGCGUACCUGCCGUCCAAGCUGGACAAGAAAAUCCACUCUGGCGCCGUGACUCAGGUAGUGGCAGCGCCCAUCCUUUGCCUCUUCUGGCUGCUCUUCUUCUCCACCAUGCGAACAGGUUUCGAGACGCCCACGUCGAUGUUCACGCUGGUGGUCCUGGUGGUAACCAUCGUGGUGUGUUUGUCGCACGUCUGCUUCGGACACUUCAAGUACCUCAGCGCUCACAACUACAAGAUCGACACCAAGGACUCGGACGCGGAGGUGGUGGAGAACGGACGUCCGGUCCGCAGCGCCGCCUCCCCCCCAGCCAAGUCGCAGCAGCAGAUGUACAUCGCUCAGGUACUCCAAGACCCCAACUCGGACGAGCCGGGGGGCAGCGCCGAGGAGGACCGGGCGUCGUCCCAGGAUGAUGACAUGCUCAAUGGCGGCAACAACAUCAAUGAGGCGGAUUUCCACUCAGGGGAGGACAGUCUGAUCGCAAACGAGGUCCGCCAGUAAUUGGGGGUGGAGCUCCACGGAGGGGGCGGAGACAGUCCACGGUCCUCGCCACCACGCGAUGCUAGCUAGCUAGCUAGCUCGCGUCACUGGUGAGGCUCCUCCCCUUCCUAGCCUGAAGACUUGACCCUGACCAUUGACGUCGGCACCAAAGAGUCAUCAUCAAACAGGAAGUACGUGUGAUUGGCGGUGGCCCUCAGUUGGCCACCGCCGUCUGUCGUUGCUCUCAUCUGUGGCUUGAUUUGGACCGGUCGCUCGGGAGUUGUCUCCAUGCCGAUCACUCUUCACUCGUCUGGAACGAGUUGUCGGACCUCCUGCCAGGCCUCGAUGCAAACGGACACACCUUCAAAUGUCACAUGACAUCAUCCCACUUCCCCGCUGCUUUUCUCACGGAUCGCCGUUCGCUGUGAUGUUCACGCUCUGUGUUAGUUCACCCACUUUUGAUCUGUCUGUUCUGAUCUCUCUCAGUCCUGGCUAUCAGUUCUUUGCACUCUCUCUGUCAUGACAUCAUCCAAGUUCCCCAUGGGUUUUUUCACGCAGCGCUACUCGCUACAGUGGGACUUCAAACAACCAGUUUUGACUCAACGAGACAGGUUGCGGUCGCUCACGAUGAGCGGUGAAAAACUUUCCAAGUAGUACAUGGAACUUCCCGAUAUAAACGCGUCGCGGCGAGACUCUUCCACUGACUUUGUUGUUGUUGUUUCACACGUGGUAGCAGGUGCAAGCGAAUGCAUGCACAACAAGAUUUCUUUGACCUGCUACCUGCGACCUUCUGUGUUGGCUGUGUACUAGCCCCCCACCCUUUAGCCUAGCUUAGCACGGUGACUAGCUAAAUCAAUACAGUGCCAGUAUUGUUUAGAUUUAUGUGUUGUAUGUUGACAUGACACCAGCAGGUGCGGUCCUUUCAUGAGCUCACUGCAAAAAAUAAGUUUGCCAAAAAGAAAUAAAGGACAAGCUAACGAGCUAGUGGUUUGCUAGCAGUAGCCUAAAACUAGCAUGUUAGAUAACAUGGCCACCAUUUUGCUUCGGAAGACCUCUUGAACUGACCCUGAAUAAAACUCCAGAUCUGUGCUUUGAAUCUGACAUUCAGUGCUAUGCUAAGCUAGGCUAACCACACUUUAUGAAAUGGCUUUUCACUUGUGCUGUUUUUUUUUAUUUUUUACGUUUGUUUGUUUGUUUUUGUCUUUUUGAACCAGCUAGCUCAUAAGCCAACAUUAGCAAAACAAAAAUGUUUUGUUUCAGAAGUUGUGACACAGAAGUUGAUGCACAAACACGCCCACAGCCCUUUUCUGCCAUUUGAGGUUGCUAUGGCGACAGAACCAGGAAAUGACGCAGCCAUUGGAAGCUGAUUGAAAGAGACGUCUCAGGUGUAUUUGGUUUCUUGAAUCAUGUUUACAUUGCGUUUUGUUGAUGCGCGUGUACACGCAGCGCUGUGCUAUGAAAGCUGUGGUCCCCGACGUGGAGGAUCUCGGGAGGCGCGUGCGGGUCUGGGGUGGCCACAUGCCGGAGACACCGACUGCUGUGUGUUGCUUGGGGGUCCGCGUGCCGUCUUGAGGUCUCUUGAGGUUUUGCUUUGCGUUCUGAUUGAGAUCCAAAACUGUCUCCUUAGUGGACAAGUUGUUGUUUUCCGUGGCGACCAUCUGCUGUUGGUGGUUCCUGCUUCACGAUCAAAAGUUUGUCCUCGUUUCAACGAUUGUAGACGGAAUGUUUGAGCAAAAGAAGCCUCCGUGAAAAGCUCCACCUACACGGACGUGCGCGACCAUCAUCUUGAGUUUAUCAGACACAACCAUGAUCACGUUCUCACAUUGGGACAAAGGGGGAAACGUGAGUUUGGUGAGGGGUCGUUGGCUCCAAAAGGGAGAACAAGGGCUAGGAUGAACUCACGUGAAGUAAGAGAGAGAACAGGUCGGGUUGCCCUCACUGGAUGAAAACUCUGUGAGAUUCCUCCUUUGGAAUUUUGCUUUCCCCGACAGCUUCCAAGAAAGGCUGCCGACUCUGUACAAUUGGGCUCUGUGUCUGUAAAAAGAUUAUUAUUUUUUUUUUCUGGGGGGGGGGGGGGGGGGCAACCAUUGCGAAGGAACAAUACAUUGAAAACUGACACACUAUUACGUGAAAGGGUAACAAAGCCUUUUUGCAUUUUGUUGUUGUUGUUGUUGUUGUUGCUGCUGCUUUUCUUCUUUUGGGAAGAGUCGAAGAAGCUGAAAACAACAGCUCCCGUCAAAGUGCAAAAUAACCCUAACCCCGUUCGAAAGAAAGACUAAAACGUGUGUAAAUAAAGGGGGGGGGGGUGUGUGUGUGAAAGUGCACUAAACGCUGACAACCUCACGUCUUGAUGCACUCGCACUAACGUUUGAUUUGUUUUACUGCUGUGACUAUUUAUUUUUACUCGUAUGCUACUUAUUUCUGGCAAUUGAUCAAUAAAAUGUCUCUUUAA